AUGCAUCCCAGAGCGUGGCGGUGCCUGAGCGAGCUGGAGGCCCAUCGGCUGGUGCACACGGGAGAACGUCCCUUCAACUGCUCGGAAAGCGGCAAGAGCUUCACUCACUACAAGUACUUGCAGGGGCACAACAGCAUGCACUCCAGCGAGAGGCCCUUCACCCGCUCCAACUGCAGCAUGAGCUUCAAGACGGCGAAUCACCUGAAGAUACACCGGCAGGUGCACACGGGCGAGAAGCCCUAUGGCUGCUCCACCUGCGACAUGAGCUUUGUCCAGUUGUCGGGGCUAAGGCAGCACCUACUGCCCUACACCUGCAGUGACUGCGGCAAAGGCUUCACCCAGUCCAAAGACCUGCUGUCCCACCGGCGCCUCCACACCGGCGAGCGCCCAUACCGCUGCGACCAAUGCGGCAAGCGCUUCACCCAGUCCAGUCACCUGCUGGACCACCAGCGCACCCACACUGGGGAGCGGCCCUACACCUGCGCCCAGUGUGGCAAGGGCUUCACCCAGUCCUCUCACCUGCUGGAGCACCAGCGCACCCACACUGGGGAGUGGCCCUACACCUGCACCCAAUGCGGCAAGGGCUUCAUCUGCUCCAACAGCCUGCUGGGGCACCAGCGCACCCACACCGGGGAGCGCCCCUACAUCUGCACCCAGUGCGGCAAGGGCUUCACCCAUUAUAGAUACCUGCUGGAGCACCAGCGCACCCACACCGGGGAGCGCCCCUACAACUGCACCCAGUGCGGCAAGCGCUUCACCCGGUCCAGCAACCUGCUGGCGCACCAGCGCACCCACACCGGGGAGCGGCCCUACACCUGCACCCAGUGCGGCAAGGGCUUCACCCGUUCUAGUCACCUGCUGGAGCACCAGCGCACCCACACCGGCGAGCGCCCAUUCACCUGCACCCAGUGCGGCAAGGGCUUCAACCAGCCAAGCACCCUGCUGGUGCACCAGCACACCCACACUGGCGAGCGCCCCUACACCUGCGUCCAGUGCGGCAAGGGCUUCACCAGCUCCUCCAAGCUGCUGUCCCACCAGCGGGUGCACUCCGGCGACCGUCCCGUCCCCAGCCCGGUGUGUGGAGAAAGCUUUGCCAUGGCCUCCCACGCCCUGUCUCACCAGCGCGUGCACACCAGUGGUCAGCCCUACGACUGUCCGUACUGCGGUGAGUCGUUUGACAGCACGCGGGGGUUGCGGCAACACCGGCGGACCCACGCCGGCGAGCAGCUGCUCCCACUGUGACAAGAGAGCACGGGGGCUGCGGGAGCACCAGUGGAUACACACCGG